GUCACUGUCGCUGGAGUGGCCAUUGGGGCUGAGCGGGCUUUCAUGGGGGCUUGACCCCCUUGUCCCACACCCCUACACCAGUGUCCUUGCUCUGUUGGGCAGCAUGGCCAAAACCCCUCUGGAUUCAGGGGGACAGACUGGAACUGGGGACAGACCCACCCCAGAACUGGGACAGGGCUCCCAGUAUGAACUGAGCAGAAGCCGAUGAAGCCCUGGGGCUCCCUGGAAGCCGGACAAUGGAGGCAGCUGCCCACAGGACUGGCAGUAAGGCCUCUGGAUCCCGAUUUGCCAUCCAGCCGGUCAUUCCCGGUGUCUCCCUGCCCCGCUGUCCUGCAGGGGGUACUCCAGGGAUGCCGAGGGCAGCUGGUUCCGUUCCCUCUUCGUGCACAAGGUGGAUCCACGCAAGGAUGCACAUUCACCUCCUCUCCAAGAAGGAGACCAGCAACCUCUACAAGAUCCAGUUUCACAAUGUGAAGCCGGAAUGCCUGGAAGCCUACAACAAGCUGACAGAGGAGGUGCUGCCCAAGCUCCACUCGGACCCUGACUACCCCUGUGACCUGGUGGGCAACUGGAACACGUGGUAUGGCGAGCAGGACCAGGCAGUGCACCUGUGGCGCUUCUCGGGCGGGUACCCCGCGCUCAUGGACUGCAUGAGCAAGCUCAGGCAGAACAAGGAGUACCUGGACUUCCGCAAGGAGAGGAGCCGGAUGCUGCUGUCCCGCAGGAACCAGCUGCUCCUGGAAUUCAGCUUCUGGAAUGAGCCCCAGCCCCGCCAGGGACCAAACAUCUACGAGCUGAGGACCUACAAGCUGAAGCCAGGCACCAUGAUCGAGUGGGGCAACAACUGGGCUCGGGCCAUCAAGUACCGCCAGGAGAACCAGGAGGCAGUCGGGGGGUUCUUCUCCCAGAUCGGGGAGCUCUACGUGGUGCAUCACCUUUGGGCCUACAGGGAUCUGCAGUCCCGGGAGGAGACAAGGAAUGCAGCCUGGAGAAAGAGGGGCUGGGAUGAGAACGUUUAUUACACUGUCCCGCUGAUCCGGACCAUGGAAUCUCGGAUAAUGAUUCCCCUGAAGAUCUCCCCCCUGCAGUGAUUGGGGGGGCCCUGCUGGGGGGGUCUCCCUGCACCCCCAGGGGCUCCCUGCCUGUGCCCUGACCCUGCUGG